AUGCCUGGCGGCCCGCGGCGCCCGCUCGGCCGAGGCCUCCCGCAGGUGCUGCUGCUUCUGCUGCUGGCGCUGCCCGGCGCGCCCGAGGGCCCCGGCGCCGCGGAGGAGCCGGGCUCGGCGUGGCUCUGGCGGGGCCUCCAGCGCCUGCCCGAGCGGCUGGGGGCGGCCCGGGCCCUCUCCAGGCGGUACUGGGCGCUCUUCAGCUGCCGCGUGUGGCCCGGCGACUGCGAGGAGGCCGAGGCUGCCGCGGCGCCCCCGGGCUGGAGCCUCCCUGUGUUGGGCCAGCAGUACCUGGAGAUCCUGGCCACGUGGUACUGCAGCGUCCAGACCUGCUGCGACACCGGGGACUGCAGGAUCUCCAACAACUUCACAGGCUUAGAUUCGGACCUGAGUGGACGGCUGCACGGCCAGCAUCUGGCCCGGGAGCUGGUCCUGCGCACAGUGAAGGGCUACCUGGAAGUGCCCCGGCCCGACAAGGCCCUGGCGCUGUCCUUCCACGGCUGGUCGGGCACCGGCAAGAACUUCGUGGCCCGGAUGCUGGCUGAGAACCUGUAUCGAGAUGGGCAGAGGAGCGCCUGUGUCAGGAUGCUCAUCGCCACAGUCCACUUCCCGCACCCCAAGUACGUGGACCUGUACAAGGAGCAGCUGAUGGGCCAGAUCCGGGAGACUCAGCAGCGCUGUGGCCAGACCCUGUUCAUCUUCGAUGAGGCUGAGAAGCUGCACCCCGAGCUGCUGGAGCUCCUGGGGCCACACCUGGAGCGCCGGGCGCCCGAGGACCCCAGCGCCAGGCCACCGAGGAGCAUCUUUGUUUUUCUCAGUAACCUUGGGGGCAAUGUCAUCAACGAGCUGGUCCUGGGGUGGCUCCAGGCUGGCAGGGCCCGGGAGGAGAUCACGACGGAGCAGCUGGAGCCCCAGCUCCGGGCCGAGGUCGCGGCGUCCACGGACAGCGGCUUCGGCGCCAGCCGCCUGGUGAAGGAAAACCUGAUUGACGCCUUCGUCCCCUUCCUGCCCCUGGAGUUCGACCAUGUGCGGCUAUGCGCGCGCGACGCUUUCCUGAGCCAAGGGCUCGCGUACACGGAGGAGGCCCUGGACAGAGUCGCCCGGCUCAUGGUCUACGUCCCCAAGGAGGAGCAGCGCUUCUCGGCCCAGGGCUGCAAGUCUGUUUCCCAGAGAAUUCACUACUUCCUGCCGUGAGGGCCCAGACCAAGACUGGGCCGAGGGGGGACCUGCGCGCUACGGGAGGGGCACCGUGGCUCCCAGCCGCCGCUCUCGUGGGAACCACACCAGGUGCACCAGCGAGCUGGGAAAAGCCAGUGGGAGGCGGCCGCGGCCAGGACUCUGCACUGGCCUCCCUGGGCUCGCAGCUCCUGCCUGCAGACCUCAGCAGAUGGGGGGGG